GGGUAGGGCCGGCCUUGGCGGGCAGGAGCGCUGAAGGCGCGCAGUUUGCGCUCUUUGGAAGCGGGGCGGCCGGGGACGGCUUUGUGGGGAGCCGCGGGGGGCUGCAAGCUUGCUGUCGGCAGCGUGGUCGGAGGCCUGGUCCGCCGAGAGAGAAAGGGGGAGGGCCGUUUAAGCUGCAUAUAAGCUCAAUUGCAUUAAGAUGGAGGGAUAUGAAAAAUUCUGCGAGAAGCACCUGGCUAGGAUUCAAGGAGAGCUUAUGGAGAAUGGAAUGUCUCCUGUUGCUCAAUGCAAAAACGUUUCCCUUAUUCGAUUUAAUGGGGCUCCUGUGCUUUCUCCUCUGCUGACUCUGGAGAAAAAGAAAGAACUUCAGCAGGACAGGCAGAAAGCUCUGGAUUUAGAACGCUGGCGACAGAAUUCCAAGCAAAGGAUUUUGCUGACGCGCGUUGAGGAAAUUGUGGCCGAUGUGCAGAUGAAAAAAAUGUCCAGCCAAAGUGAUUUAGAUCAGUCUGAGAAAGAGAACAUUCAUUUGGAUUUAGAAUCCAAAGUGUUGAAUGGCUUUGCAACAGAACCAUGCAACGUUUUGCCAAAUUCUACUGCUUUCAGCGAAUGUCUAGAACCUAAACAGACCCCAGAUGUUAAGCCGGUAGAUACCCAGGGUGCAUCAGAUGGGAACACUUUUGCAGGAACUGAACCAUUUCUUCUUCAUAAUCCAAAGGAAACUUGCAGUAACCGCUUGGAGAAGAGAACUAGCCCAGAAGGUACAUUUUCCAGUCUUCCAGGCACACCUCCUUCAAAUGAGAUUGUGAAGACAGAGUCCGCUGACCCCGUCCUAGUUGAUGUGGAAGGUCCAGACCCAUACAUAAUGAGCCUUCAGAACCUCUUAAAAAAAUCCAGGGAGUACAUUCAGAGAGAACAAAUCCGACGCAGCCUGCGAAGCAGUUCAAAGAGAAAUAACAGCGAAAGCCAUCCUGAUAAAGAAAACAGUGCAGUUAAAAUGAACGAGUUGGGGAAGGAGAGAGGAAAAUUUACGGGCAGAAGUACUCCAGUUCUGACCCAGGAGAAGUCAAACCUUAUUAAGGCCAGUGCUUCUCCUCAAAGUUCCCCAGCCUCUAAAAAUAAUGCCAGUGGAAUAGCCUCAUCCAGUUUUUCUAAAGUAGAUAUACCAAUGAGGUCUGGAACACCUCCUGUUUUGGACUCUGAUUCGGAUGAAGACUUCAGAAACAUCUCUCUCUUUGAACGGGACAGCAUCCUCCGGAGCCUCACAGGCUCUUACUCAAAAUUGCCCAGUCCCGAGCCAAGUAUGAGCCCCAAGAUGCACAGGAGACGCCCCAGACCCUCUUCAGUAGGGCACAUCGUCAUUACCAACCCUGUGAAUGCCUAUGAGUUGAGUCCUAAAGAAAAGGGAAGAGCUGCAGACUUGAUCGUUCAGGAUGCCAGUGAAAGGCAGACGGCCUCUGACCCUGUGCCAAAACUGUCUAAGGAUCUCGUUCCCAUUUGUCCCCACAAAGCUCAGGCUUUUAGCAAGAGCUCUUCAGAUACCUUCAAUGAACUAGUUGUCAGCAAAUGCAAUGAAGUGUGCCAGCUCCCGCCCAAUCAACAAGAAAGCAGAAGUUUCCCUGUCAAUCCUACAAUAGAGGGAGAAUCAAUGUUGGAAAAUGGAACGACAUCAAACAGUUGCCUUUCAAAUUUCAGCCCCCAGGAGCUACAAUAUGUGAGCUGUCCCCUCUUGACCCAGAAUCCAGCUAAGACCGAGAGCCUGCCAGACAGAGCCAAGUGCAGCAUGCCCAUGGAGCUCAAUAAAUCUUACGAUGUAGCAAGCCCAUCUCCCUUAUUAAUGCAAAUGCAGAGUAAGCCACUGCUGGAUACCCCGGAAGUGACUCUUGGAAAUGAGCAGAUUUUAGAAAACGGGUUGGAAAAGGUGAAACGUAGACUUGAGCUGGAUGUGGAUGCCGUGCAGAAGGAGAACGUGCCAUGGGUUGUGUCUACAGAAGUUGACACACCAGAGAGGCGACGGCCGCACAAUCAGAGCUAUCCAACGAGAGCUGUACUCGAUGCCAAGAAUGAAACACCACGAUGUCUCAGAGAAGAGGAGGCGUUAAAGCAGAAGAUGCGGGCCCUCGCAGAGCUGAGGCAGAAGCUCGAAGAGCAACAUGCCCAGCAGUUGUUGUUGUUGAUAGCAGAGCAAGAGCGGGAACAGGAGAGGCUGCAGAAGGAGAUAGAAGAGCAGGCACGAAGGUUAAAAGAAGAAAAAAACGCUGCAGCUGAAAGUGGGAUUCCCCCAAUUGAUGUUGGUGUGGCUCUGGAGUGGAGAAAGAUCAGCGACGUUCAUUUGUUGGAAUCUGUGCUGACUCGAGUUGAAGCUGUCCAUAGCACGAACUUGGAGAGUGCUGGUUUUGUGAAUGCUGCUGUACCCAGUUUACCUGCUGGAUCUCCAUUCUACCUUUGGGAGCAGUCAGCAAGUGGAAAACCUGUUUCGGUAUCCAGGUCUAUUAACAGGAGUAAAAUGAGGUGGUCUCAGGUGUACAGUCCUGAGAUGAAAAGGAAAUUGAACAAGAUCUCUGCUCUAGCCAAGGGAUUUCUAACUAGAAGACUCUUGCAAACAGAGAAGCUAAAACAUCUCAGGCAAACUGUCCACGAUACAAUGGAGUUCAUCAAAAACUUCCAGUCCGAAGCUCUGUUGAAGAGAGGAAACGUUCCAGCUCAGGAUGCCAAUCUACAAGAGAGAGUGGUAGCUCAGCUGCAGGCAGCACUAUAUGAUAUUCAUGAUAUUUUCUUCAAAAUGGAAGCAUCCGAAAGAAUGAACAUCUUGCGUCACGAUCGAGAAAUUCGCAAAGAGAAAAUGCUUCGGCAGCUGGAUAAAGCCAAGUCCCCGAGAGAGAGAGUGACGCUUUCUACAGCCACGCAGAAGUCUCUGGAUAGAAAGAAAUACAUAAAGGCUGCUGAAAUGGGAAUUCCAAAUAAAAAAACAAUUGGGAAGCAAAAGAUCUUCGAAAACAGAGUUCUUCAGCCAAACCAAGGUCAAAAUGCUCCUAUUCAAAGGCUGCUGUCCAGACAAGGAACCCCUAAGACCUCUGUGAAGGGGGCUGAGCAAAAUAGAAAGAAACCCUCAGACAACAGAGUGCCUAACAAGGCCUUUUCAGGUGUGUACACAAAGGCGGGUGCUGGGAUCUCACGUAAGAAGAAAAAGAGUAUGUUUUUCAUCUCAGUAGAAAAAGCUUAAGCAGCAGAUGCUUUAUUUCCUCUUGGUGUGCCAGCUCUGCUCUAACUGUGCUAUACUAACCCCGACUGGAACGAACAGAACACGAAAUAAAAAAUUCGUGAUCACCAAUUGCAUGAAUAGGCGACUCAGUUUCAUUAUAGUCCGCUGUAGUAGCUACUCUGAGCAAAGCUUCAGAAACUGAGCAGAUUGAAUAUUUUUUAGUUGUGUUUCAUUUGUGGAUAACACGAGGUGCCUUGAAUGUGGGGUUUUUGUGUUUUAACUAAAACAUCCUGGCUGGAACACUUACCUGUUCCUCCCAUUAUUAUGCAUGUUUGUACCACAUACAUACAUCAUAAUGUAUGUAUAUGAUGAGGAGUGUGUGGCCUGAGAAGGUCUUGGGUACUGAUGGUGCUGUGCAUGUGGACUUUUUUUGAUGAGGGACAAAGGGUUUCAGAAAGCUAACAUUAAUUUAGAAAAAAAAGCAGAAAGGAUUUAUCUGUUUCUUAAAAAAACAUUGCUUGCUUAUUCUUGUUAGUGUGAUGUUGAAACAUUUUUUAAAAAUACAUGAGUUGCCUUCCUUAGGUGACAACUACAAGCACCCCCAUGACCCUCACAGGGCUCCCCACCCCAGAGAAAUUCUGUUAGACCAUAAUGAUUACCAGUUCUAUGCGCAUCUCCCCAGGGAAGCAAAUUCCAUCAUUGGAACCAAACUUUCUCCUUGAAAAGGUCCCCUCCCCACUGGAUACUCUUCAUGACCACAGGGAAUGAGGUCAUCUUGAGAACCCUUCAUGAAGGAUCAUAGAGAUGGGGCACUUGUAGAGACAGACAGACAGACAGCUAGUUCUGAUAUCUGGGCCCCAAACUUAAAAGCUCCACAGUUCAGCAUCCAUAUCCUGAAUGGUAGAAGGGACUGGAGGAAGCUUCCGGUGGUGUCUGUCCAGCAAAGUCUGUCUCUUACUAUUCUUUCUGCCAGAUGAGGGUUCCAGGUAUCUUCUAUUAAUCCCAACAUAACUCAUAGUAGCUCUGAAGAUAUGGCUGGGUUUGCCCAUUGAGUUAAGCCAAAAUGGCGGUUGGUUUUGGCAGAGAGUGAACUCAGCCAUUCUGGAUUGGGAAGCAUUUUUUGUGGUUGUAGUGUGUUGAAUGAACAUGACUAAUUAUGGUUUAUUUAAUAAGCCAUGACUUACCACAAUAUGCAAAUCAAAUCAAUAUGAACCCAAGUUCUUUAAAAGUCAGCCAACCAGCCCUCCAGUGGUUUUACCUACCUGCCUUUUCCACAACUUUCUUGUAUCUCAACAAAAAUCAAAAUGAUUUUUCUGCAAUCUGUGAUGUGUUCUGACAAAGUAAUUUAAAAUCUGUCAGGUAUAUCUGUUGUAUAAAGCCAUGGGCUACAUCCCGAAUUUUAAUGCGGACCUGCUGUGUUUCUUAGAAGUUCCCCACAAAGCUGCUUAAGCUGCAAAUGGCUCUUUGCUACUGUUUCUCUUCAGUUUCAUGGACAACCUUAAUUUAUUUCUAUACACAGUUUGACACUUAACCUGCAUCUGCUUUAAAACUGCUUGCUUACGACAGACAGUAGGCAUUCUAAGCUAGUAACCCUUUAGUAAACAAGAAUGAGUUAUUUCUGAUUUUUCCUUUCAGGAGUAUAUGCAGGAAGAAUCCAAAGAAAGAAGCCAAAUGUUGCGACAACCUAAGGAGGCAGCACUCCCUAGGCUAGGAAGUUGCUUAGCAUUGUCCUUCAAUGUUCUCCAGAUGUUCCUGCUGGACUGCAGGUUGAUGGGCUGAGUUGACAGGUCUGUGCGUUGUCCUAUUGAUCAGACGUAGAAGUUGUCCCUGGAAUGGAAAAAUUAAUGCCUAUAAGGCAGAGCCUUCCAGAAGGAGCAUUUGUGCUCUGGGUGUUUCUGCUUCCCUUCUUUGCUUACUCCCUCAAGUAGAUGUUUUCAUGGGGACUGUUUAAAAAACAUUUUGGACCUGGGUUGCAUUUUUAAAUUGUGCAAUAAGUAACCCUGAAAUGUGACUGCUUUAUACAUCUUGCAUUCCUGCUUCUCUCGGUCACGCUUUGUGAUUAUUCAAAGCACUUCUGAAAAGGAAAUCUUUGGUCUCAGCUCUGUGGAUUGUCUCCAAAGAUUGCUGCACUUUUGUACUAGACAAAGCUUCUCUUGGCCACUUCAGACCUAUGGAAAUCAGGAGGUUCCAUUUUGGCUUUUGUUGAACGUAUAUUUCUUUAAGCUUUCAGCAAUGAUGCUAUUAGCCAUAGGAUAUAAAUGUUGUAUCCACCCACCUUCUUUUCCUGCUAUGGUCUUGUUUCUGAGCAUGCUGUGAAAGAUCAUUUAAAAGAUGCUAUAAGGCUUGAUUUUAUAGUAGGCAGACCAGAAAUAUCACCUUUUACAAAUGAUAACAAUUAGGUGGGUGGGGGAGCUUAUUUUGGUAAAUGCAGCCUCAUUUUUCUUUUUAGAUCCAGAUAUCUGGUGGUGUUCUCUAUAAACAAAAUUUGAAUAAUUGAUGGAACAUUGCUAAUAGUGAUUUGGGACAGAAUUUUAGCAUUGUCCAUCUCUUGUCUUUAAAUUUACAGCAUAAGAUAAGCCUUAUUUAAUUUCACAGAAAAGCUAGAUUAACAAAACCAUUUCAGAAUAAGAAUUGUAUUUAUGUAAAUACUCUUUUAGAGGGAAAAAGCUAAGUGGAUUUCAGGGUGGUUUUGAAAGAUCGAAUCAAACAAGACCAUGUUGGGAAAUAAAUUUGUGUGCCGCUUUUAGUUUAAUAGCGCUUUAUCCUAGUAGCGUAUUUAGUCACAGUUAACGUCUGAUGUUAAUUUUACAUGUUACAUUGAUAUUAAUAUUUUGCCAAUAGUAGAAGUUUCAAAUGUGGUGCCACUGAAAUCAUUCCCAUGGAUUGAAUAAUUAAGGUUCAGCGACAAAGCUGGGAGAAAGCUUUAUACAUGGAUACAUUUAUUUAUACUGAGAUGUUUGUAAACUUAUGUGUACACCUUCUAAAGCUUUUGUUACAUCAUGCAGUGUUUUAAAGUCACAUUCUGGAACUGGGGCUGUCUUGAUGCCAAUGUAAAAAAAUGUCAAGGAUUAUUGACAGAAUGAUAAUCCAAACUUGCUGGGUCAUCCUGGUUUACUGUAGACAAGCAGCAUGCAGAUGGAUAAACAAAAUCAGCAAUGUAAAGUUUUAAGCGUAUCCAGCCCCAGACACUUGAUUUCUCAUCCUGACUAAACUAGGAUUUAUAAACAAACCCCAACUUGAUUAUGAGGAGCAAAACAAGCAUCUAGUUUGAACUUUGCACAAAUGCUUUGUAUUUCUGACUUGUUUUGUAUGCUUCUAAGAAGGGGGACUGAAAUAGGAGUGAGUGAACUUCUGUAGUACAGAAGUUGGCUCUGCUUUCACAGUAAAAGUAGACAAGCCACAAAUUGUGAUGUAACCAAUCAUGGUUUUAAAGAUUGCCCUUGGCUAAUUUGAAUAGCGUAAUGCAAGUGCUUGCCAUGAAAAUAAUUUACUGCAUUCUGAAGGGGUUUUAAAUCUAUUCUUCAAUGCUCUUGCCUGACCUGAACAUCUUCCUUAAAGGCUGAAAAGAUCUGAACCGAAGAUUCACAAGCUUACUUAAGAAUUGUGGACAUUACUUUGCAUGUUAGGCUACAGUUUACAUGUUAUGUCGAUGCUAAAGGUAAUCGAAAUUGACUGUGUGCUGUGGGGUUAGCAAUAGGCUGUAUGUAAAUAGAAGCAUGUUUUUAAGUACAAGUGAAUGUUUACUUUGUUCAGUAAUUUAAGUAGAACUUCUGUUCUAAAAUAUCAAAUCUUCUAACAGAUAUGGUCUUCUGUUUACAAGUGCCAGGAUGACUUUUGUAAUUUAAUGUUUCAUAUUUAUUUAUUCUCUUAAUAUUUGGUUGCCUUUUUUUUAGUUUGAGUGGAAUGCAAUGCCAUUAUAAGCCUUAUUUUUGUAUAUUGGUUUUCACCUGUCCUUUUUUA